AUUCGUUCAGUAGGCGCUGACCGGCAGACAAGUGACUGACGCGACGUUUCGAACAUUUGUCGCGGUCGCGAGUGAAACCCGAAAAGAGCGAGAGGGAGAUAGGAAAAGAGUGCAUACGAGGCACGGAAGAAAGUAAACAUUUCUGGAACUUCUUGACCAAAGAAACUCUACAAGAUUUGAAGACCUAAGCCAAAUGAUGAAGUGACCCCAAAAUUUUCAGUGCAUCUUUCCUAUUUUGACUUCCUCUUGCUCAAGUGAUCGAACAUAUUAACACAAAACCGUAAAAUUAAAAUACAAAAAUGAAAGGAAGAGAAAAGUUAUGUGCAAAAUUAUCCAGUACAUUCUUAAGAAAGUGGUGGUUCGUAGUAGCAGUCUCUGUAGGAUGUAUAUUCUUUGGAAUAAUUGUAGUGAUAUUCUUCUCUAGUUGGGUAAAAUUAGUGAUAAACCAUGAAUUAGUUUUGAGGGAUGGAAGCCAGACAUUUACUUGGUGGGCGAAACCCCCUGUAGUACCUACCAUAAAAGUGUACAUUUACAACGUCACAAAUGCUGAUGAGUUCCUCAAUAACGGUUCGAAACCUGUGGUGGACGAACUUGGUCCAUACGUAUAUGUAGAAAAAUGGGAGAGAAAGAAUCUGACUUUCCAUGAUAAUGGAACAGUUUCCUACAAUCUUGAGAAAAUCUACCAUUUUGACGAAUCCCAGUCUGCAGGAAGUCAAGAUGACGUAGUUGUUGUACCAAAUAUUCCUAUGCUGAGUGCCACGUCUCAAUCGAAGCACGCAGCGCGAUUUUUGCGGUUAGCGAUGGCCAGCAUUAUGGACAUUCUCAAGAUCAAGCCCUUCGUCGAAGUGACUGUGGGGCAGCUGCUGUGGGGUUACGAGGACCCGCUGCUGAAGCUGGCUAAGGACGUGGUGCCCAAAGAACAGAAGCUGCCCUACGAGGAGUUCGGGUUGAUGUACAAGAAAAAUGGAACGUCACCAGACAUCGUCACAGUUUUCACUGGAGCCAACGAUAUCACUAAGUACGGUCUCAUCCAAAAUGUCAAUGGAAGGAGCAACUUGUCCCAUUACACCUCUGACGAAUGCAACAGCAUGGAAGCCUCUGACGGGUCCAUAUUCCCGCCGCACAUGAACAAAAACACCACCCUGUACAUUUAUGACAAGGAUCUUUGUAGGAGGUUGCCUUUGAUUUACCAGAAAGAAGUGACUGGUAGCAAUGAUGUGCCAGGCUUCAGAUUCUCCCCACCAAAAUCAGUGUUCGCUGAUAUGGACGAAAUGCCAGACAACGCCUGUUUCUGUCCGCAAGGACCUCCAUGUGCCCCAUCUGGGUUUUUCAACGUCUCAUUAUGCCAAUACGAUUCUCCUAUUUUGCUGUCGUUUCCCCACUUCUAUCUUGCCAAUGAUAGUUACAGGACGGCAUUGGACGGUAUUUCUCCGGCUGAUCCAGAAAAACAUACUUUCUUCAUGGAUAUCCAACCAGUAAUGGGUGUAGCCAUGAAGGCCAAAGCGAGGAUACAAAUCAACUUGGCCGUGUCUCAAGUGAUUGAUAUCAAACAAGUUGCCACCUUUCCCGAUAUCAUCUUCCCCAUCAUGUGGUUCGAGGAGGGUUUGGACUCCCUGCCAGAAGAAAUGACAGGUCUAAUGAAACUGGCAACGACAGUACCUCCCGUAGCACGGACAGUAAUCGCCGCCUGUUUGUUCGUCGUCGGCGCCAUCUUGCUGAUAAUUGCCGUGUGGCGAUUGGUCAGAGGCGCGAAUCGGCUGAGCUCGCUGCACCUCGCGCCCGGUCACGUGGGUACGCCUGCCAAGGCCACCCUGUAUGUUUGUAGACAACGAACUUUCUUUUUGGAUAUUGUGUGUGAUAACUAUUAGGGCAAUACUAUUCCAAUUCGAAUAUAAAACUACGUACAAAAUGAUUUGUUUUCCUAUAGUUUCCAAAAAUGUCUCUCUAUAUAUAGUAAUAAUUGAUGCAAUCAUUUUAUUUGAAUGUUUUCUGAGGUUCCUAACGGACUUCAUACAUUUUUUCAUGUCCCUAUUCUUUUGACUAGUUUUCUUCAAUAAAUCUAUUGAAGAAACAUACGAAUUGAGAGUGACUGAUAGCAAUUUUUUUGUUUCUUAUGGAAGGAAAGAAUCUUGUUCGAUUUCCUCAUGAUUGUUGCUGUAGAGUCUCCCAAAAAAUUUAUUCCGUCCAAUGAGUAAUGAAGUUAUGCAAAGAAUUACAUACAUCAUGAACAAAAACAAAAAUGAGCCUCAUGUUCCGAAAUUUCUAUUUGAAUUUGAUGACUAAUUUCUGCUCAUGUCUUGAAUAAUUUAAAUAUUUAAAUAUCUUAGUUGUACAGAAAAUUUGCAAGAAUGUCUGGUGCUGUGUAUAAAUAUAGGUAUAUAAACUAACCUUUUUCUUUUAUCAUUACAAUAUUUUUGAACAUUCAGUGUUUAUAAGAGCAAAGGCUUAGAAGGAGGGUGAAUUGUAUCGUUUUCUAAAAAUUGUAUUAGUUGAAAACCAUUGACAUAGUGAUUUUAUGUUGCCAAUCUAUUUUUUUUUCUUGACCUAAUAAAGACAUUUUGUAAUUGACAAUUUCUUGUUGAAUCCUCGUUUUUUGUAUGAUAUUUGGACGAUAUGGUAGAAGUUUUAAGUUGAUGAUGUUUUUAUGGGUUGAAUGUAAUAAUUGUAUAUUGUUUAUGUAGAAAUAAAGUUUUCAACAC